AUGACAAUAUGCUGCCUUAAUAUCUAUCUAUCUAUCUAUCUAUCUAUCUAUCUAUCUAUCUAUCUAUCUCCCUGGUUAUAUCUAUCUAUCUAUCUAUCUAUCUAUCUAUCUAUCUAUCUAUCUAUCUAUCUAUCACAGCCUGGUUAUAUCUAUCUAUCUAUCUAUCUAUCUAUCUAUCUAUCUAUCUAUCUAUCUAUCUAUCACAGCCUGGUUAUAUCUAUCUAUCUAUCUAUCUAUCUAUCUAUCUAUCUAUCUAUCACAGCCCUGGUAAUAUCUAUCUAUCUAUCUAUCUAUCUAUAUCUAUCUAUCUAUCUAUCACAGCCUGGUUAUAUCUAUCUAUAUCUAUCUAUCUAUCUAUCUAUCUAUCUAUCUAUCUAUCUAUCACAGCCUAGUUAUAUCUAUCUAUCUAUCUAUCUAUCUAUCUAUCUAUCUAUCUAUCACAGCCUGGUUAUAUCUAUCUAUCUAUCUAUCUAUCUAUCUAUCUAUCUAUCUAUCACAGCCUGGUUAUAUCUAUCUAUCUAUCUAUCUAUCUAUCUAUCUAUCUAUCUAUCUAUCUAUCACAGCCUGGUAAUAUCUAUCUAUCUAUCUAUCUAUCUAUCUAUCUAUCUAUCUAUCUAUCUAUCUGGCAUCACUUUAAACAUUAUUUCUAAUGGAUUUUUUUCAAUCGCCUCUUUGAUUGAUUUUUUCUUUCUUUCUUUCUUUCUUUCUUUAUUAGUUUUCUUUCUUUCUUUCAUUUUUUUUCUUUUGGUGUCUUUUUAUUUAACACCUUUCUUUCUUUCUCUCUUUCUAAGUCUUUUUUCAUACAGUCUAUAUUUCAUUGCUUCUUUCUUUUUUCUUUCUUUGUUUUUUUCUUUCAUUCUUUCUUCGCCAUUUCUUUGUAAAAUAGACUUUCUUGCAUUUUAUUCUGUAAUAUUUGUUUAUUUCCUUGCUUCUUACUUUCUACAAUGCAUUUCUUUCUUUUUUCUUUCUUUCUUUCUUUCUAUAUUUCUUUCUUUCUUUUUUGACAACUUCUUUUCUUUGACGCCUUUCUUUCUUAAUUUCUUUUCGAAUCUUUUUUCCUUAAUAUCUUACUUUCUUUCUCUCUUUCUUUCUUUCUUUCUUUCUUUCCAUUUUUCUGCACGAUUUCUUUUUAAAAGUUUCUUUUAUUUUUUCUUUAGGGUUUCUUUCUUUCCUUCUUUCUUUCUUUAA